CAUGGGCAGCAAUUCUUUCUUACGGUGCGUUAGUAGUAGUGGCGUUAGUACAUUCGUUCGUUCGCCGAUGACGUUUAACCUCAAAAAUAUACACGGUGUUGAAGUAUUUCCUAUCUUUUGAAUAUCACAAGGCAAAAAGUUUUUGCUCACUGUAAGAUAUGGAUCCAAAUCGUCGGGGCCCAGAAUUGGAUCCCAAGUACCUACUGAAUCAGUUAAAUACUGCAAGGAAAGAGAUCAAUAAUUUGAGGCAACAAGUUAAGAGCUUUCGCUACAUUUUGGAAAAAGAUGUAGAUGGCAUAAAGCAAGCUGUCCGAUCUUACAUUGAUGGAAAACCAGUAACCAUUGAAAGUUCUUCGCUAUCAACUAGUGCACCCAGUACGAGUUUCGACGAUGACGGAAUGCUGAAAUUGAAACCAAUUGGUUUGAUAAACACAGGGUUUCCUAGCAAAAGAGGAACACCGAGGCAACCAGGAAUUUGUAAAACGGCUCCUGGAAAAGUUACUUUAUUCAACUCUACUUUCACAAAUCCUGAACAUGCUUUGUCCGGACUACAAGAUUUUUCACAUAUGUGGAUAUUAUUUCACUUUCAUAGAAACGAUUCGACUCACGUUCGAGCAAAAGUAGCGCCACCAAGAUUAAACGGUGUCCGCACCGGAGUAUUUUCGACGCGCUCACCUCAUCGACCAUGUCCUAUAGGGUUGAGCCUCGUGAAAAUUGUGAGAAUCGAAAACAACGUUAUUUAUUUUGAAGGCGUCGACAUGGUGAAUGAAACGCCUGUUUUGGAUAUAAAGCCUUACAUACCGCAAUACGAUAAUCCAUUGCACAUAGAAAAAAUGCUAGUAAGGCCAAACGAUGAAACGACCAACAUACGUGAAGUUUCUGAAGUGUUACACGGGAACACUUCAGAAGAAUUUGCACGGGAAGAAGAUUUAAAUGAUCCAACAACUUCGGAACAAAGAUUAAAUCCAAUUUUUAUCGACCUUAAUACAAACGGCGAUUCUCGUCGGGCUCCGCGAGAAAACUGUCACGCUGCUGGUAAUGGUGUAGAAACUUCAAGGCUACCGAAUAUUUCGAGAGAUGAGGAAAUCGCGAUGAGACUGCAAGCAGAAGAAUUUGAGGGGAAUCCGAAUUUUGACGAUUUUCGGUCUCGGAAUUAUUUUGGUUCCAAUUCGACUACGGAAGAACGCACAGCUGGUAAUUUCUAUAAUUUGUCGGAUUCUAUCAACGAAGUCACACAAAAUGCUUCGCAAAAUUACGAAAAUUCUCCAACCGCUCUCGUAGAAACUCGAUCUAAUUCUGUACCUGGUAAUUCUACGAAUCAAUCUUCGCAAAUAGAAAAUUCAAGUAGCAGAGAGGAUACGCGAGACUCGGAAACAUCGCGGAACUCGAGAUUACUCGAUGGGGCUGAUGGCCCAAGCACCGUUUGCGGAACGGACUUGGAUCUUCUGAAUCGACGUGCUUUGAACUCCAGACCGGAUAAUUCACCCAUUAGAAUGGGUGUCAGAGAAGCUCCGGAUGGCGAAGAGGGUCUGGAAUCGCAAACUCUCACCCCCUCGCAAACGGUCGCUAAUAUUCAUAAUUUAGCGUCACUGCCAAGCUCGAAUAUCCAGGAUAUUAGAAUGAUAAAUUCCAAUCUUGAAAGUUUAUCCAGAGGCGUCACGAAUUAUCGUUCCGAUAAUUUUGAAGUGCGAGUGCCCGACUGGAUCUCGCGUCCUCGUACGCUUUCGCUCUCCGUGACUUUCAAUGAACGUGCGUUGACACAAUUGAACGAAAUACUCGGUGAUAAGGCUGAUGAACAAAAGCGGGCUAUUGAAAAUGUACUCAGAGAAGAUCCACGCUCGGUUUACCUCCGACAACGGUGGGGGAAUCAAUUUUAUACUUUCCUCAUACAGGAUUUACAUAUUAGCUGCAGGUUCGAUGACAAUCGCGGCGUUGUGACUGUUUUUCAAGUCAGACACGCCGGUCGAACUUGCGAAUGCGGAGAACCCGAAUGGCAGUGUCUCGGGCAUACACCGCUUUCGUAAUUUUACUUCUUUAAGGAUCUGCAGCCGUCCUUGGAAUUUGUGGAGAAUAUUCAUGAAUUUUUUAUUAAAAUCGAAUGAACUUUUAGUUCUUUUGCUAGGCAAUUGUCCUAUGUGAAAGGCGGAGUUGAAGAUUAAAAUUAUUUAACGAAUUUGUUUUAUGUUAUUGGAAAAAAAUAUUUGAAGCCCACGAUCGAGUAUUUCCGCCUUUUUUAUUUUUUUUCUGGUUUCUGUAAGGGCCGGAAAAAUUGUUUUUAUUUUUUCUUGUUGCUGUGAUGUGCAAUUUUCAUUAGUCAGAGCGAUUCUCGUUAAAUUACUUGAUGAUUGGACUGGUAAAAUGUUGAACGUAUGAAUCAGUCCUAUCAUAUAUAUAUAUGGCACAAGAAACAAAUAACGUUCGCUUCUGACUUAAAUAUCAUAAUACAAUAUAAACGAGUCUAUGAUUAAUCUUUAGAUUUUAGAGUUAGAAUUAAAAGCCCAUGCACCUGUCGACAUAUGAUGACACUGAAGUUUUCAUUGUUGGAAUGCGACAAAACUUUAACCAUUUUCUUAUUUUUUAAGUACACAGCAUUUUCUUGCUGAUUUGUAAGUUAGUAUCUAAAUGGACCUCAAAAUUGACCAAUUUUCGUAGCGUAAAUGAAAUUAAAAAUAUAAAUGAAUAUACAAAAAUUUCAAAACGUUUUUAGAAAAAUCAAUAUGUAGUGGAAAUUGAAAAUUGCUUCGUAGUAUCCAUAUUUUGCAAGAAUUUCUUGAAAAAAAAAAAAAAUUAUACAAAAAGUUGUCGAAAGUUCGAGGAAUUUUUCUACAUGUUUUUAAAUGAUCAGAGCAUUUCUCUAAAACUUGCGGAUUUGCUAGGUGAAUUUAAAAAACUUACAAACUUCAUAUCUGUAUUCUAAUUAAUGCGAAAAUUCUUUUUUUUUUAAACAAAGGCACUAAAGAAAUUCGUUCCAUUUUAACGAUGCAAACUGAAAUACGUACUUAAUACGCAUACUAUACGAUACACAAAGAUCCAGUCACCUCGGCAUUUAUUGCAAUGUAGAAGUUCCUAUACUUUUUAAGUCCAUAGAAAAAAGUAGUUAUGAAAAAAACCCUACACUUUUUAUAUUGCACGUCAGAUAAAAACCUUCAAAUUUGUUCUCCUGUGAACGUUUAAAAAUGUACUAAAAAAAAAAAAAAACAAAAAAAACAAUUCCGUACUUCAAUGUGUCCGAAGCAAGCAGUUGCUAGCUUUAUUUCAAAGAUAUCAAUAUAUAUCGAAAAUAAAAUUAUUUAUACAAAUUGUA